CUACUUUCCCCAGUCUACAGUCUACAGUCUACACCCAAGUAAAAGCAAUAAUGAUGAAAACAAUCUCCACUCUGCUUACUUUCCCCAGUGUAGUAGACACAGGCUCUCCUCCACCGCAACAAAAUUCAAGCCCAAAUUGCCCAAAUUCUCGUCUCAAUCAUUUAUAUUUUUGCCCAACUUUCUCCAUCUGUAACAGAUGCCUCAAAGUUGACCCCAAAAUCCGUAACUUUUUAUUAUUAUUUUCAUUUUUAUCAAAAUUUUCUCGGGAAACAUUUUUCUGGGGAUACAAACAGGGUGGUGAAUGAGAAUGAUGCGGAGAGCGUUGGACAUGUGGAGGCCGGUGAAGAGGCAAGUUUCAAUUGUGUUGUGUUGGGCAUUUUGUGUAAUAUCAGUUUUGCUUUUCCUUCUCUUGUUGAGCAAACAAAGUCAGAUUGAGUUGAGGCCCGCGAUACCCAAGCUCUUUUGAAUAAAAAGGGCAACUGGUUUUGCGAAGGAAAAGAUGGUGACUGUGUUGAGCAUUGAUGGAGGUGGCAUUAGAGGGAUUAUUCCAGGAAUUCUACUGGGCUUUCUUGAAUCCAAGCUUCAGGAAUUGGAUGGGCCCAAUGCAAGAAUCGCAAAUUAUUUUGACAUAGUUGCAGGGACAAGUACAGGUGGGCUAGUCACUGCCAUGCUUACAGCUCCAGACAAGGAGAACCGGCCCAUGUAUGCUGCAAAGGACAUCACCAACUUCUAUUUAGAGCACUCUCCCAAGAUUUUUCCCCAGAACAAGCACAAAAAUUUUGUGGGUUCAAUGACAAAUUUGUUCGGUGCUGUGAUGGGGCCCAAGUACGAUGGGAAGUACCUACGGUCACUGACAGAUGGGUUACUUGGCAACCUCACCUUGAAACAGACCCUAACAGAUGUGAUCAUUCCUACCUUUGAUAUCAAGCUUCUUCAGCCAGUGAUUUUUUCAACCUAUGAUGCAAAACUGAAUGACUUGAAGAACGCCAGGCUGGCAGAUGUUUGCAUCAGCACCUCUGCUGCACCCACAUUUCUUCCAGCACACUACUUUGAGACAAAGGAUGCUAGCGGAAACACUCUCAGUUUCAAUCUCAUUGAUGGUGGGGUCGCUGCAAAUAAUCCUACAAUAAUGGCCAUAAGCCAAAUUUUUAAGGAGAGAUUUAAAAAUGAGUUUAUGAGCAUAAGAGCAAUGGACUACAGCAAGAGAAUGCUAGUUUUGUCGUUGGGCACAGGUGCGGCAAAGCAUGAAGAGAAGUACAGUACAACAGUAGCCUCAAAAUGGGGUUUGGUUAAUUGGUUGUAUGACAAUGGUGCAACACCAUUGCUCGAUAUAUAUGGUGAUGCAAGUUCUGAUAUGGUCGACUUUCAUGUGUCCACCCUCUUCCAAGCCCUUGGUUGCAAGAAUAACUACCUUCGUAUUCAGGAUGACACAUUAACUGGAGAUGCCUCGACAGUUGAUAUUGCUACAAAGGAGAAUCUGCAGAGGCUUGUGGAGAUUGGGAAGGAGCUGUUGAAGAAGCCAGUGUCAAGAAUGAAUUUGGACACUGGUAGGUAUGAGGAAAUUGGGAGGGAGUGUACUAAUGAAGAAGUUCUUUCCUACUUUGCCAAACUGCUUGUGGAGGAAAGGAAGCUCCGGCAAGACAAUUGAAAGUCCCCAAGGAAUAUAAUUUUGGUGUGAUGAAUUAUUAAAUAACCUAAACACCCACCCACCCCCCCAAAAAACACACACACAACAACAACAACAACAACAAAAAUUGGUAAAUGUGUUUUGUUUGAGUCCAGCUUAUUCAACAAGCUUUUUAGCUUUUAUGUA